AUGUUUGCUUUUAAAGAACUUGUGUUGUUCACACUGCUAGUCAUCGUCGAGGAAGAAGAAAGUAGCAACGAUGAGGAUGAUAAUGGGGAAACUGACGAAACUUCCGAGGAAGACGAAAGUAGCAACGAUAAGGAUGAUAAUGGGGAAAGUGACGAAUCUUCUGAAGAAGACGAAAGUAGCAACGAUGACGAUGCUAAUGGGGAAAGUGAUGAAGCAUCUGAGGAAGACGAAAGUAGCAAUGAUGAGGAUGAUAAUGGGGAAAGUGACGAAUCUUCUGAAGAAGACGAAAGUAGCAACGAUGACGAUGAUAAUGGGGAAAGUGAUGAAGCAUCUGAGGAAGACGAAAGUAGCAAUGGUGAGGAUGGUAAUGGGGAAAGUGACGAAACUUCUGGUGAGUGUAUUUUAGUCAACAAAGUCAUCUUAUGUACCGUUCUGGUAUGA